AUAAAAAGGACGGGAAUUUACUGAAAAAAAUAAAAACAGGCCUUUCUCUUUUUUGUAUUUCAUAACUUUGUUUAUUAUUUCCCCUUUCCUUCCCUUAAAAAUUAUUAUAUAAUAUUAAUGAACGAAUUUGGGUUUCCACCAAUGUUAAAAGAUAUGUCAUCAACAACGCCUAAAGUAGGUGGAAUGCUCUAUACUGAGCCUUCUUCCUUUAAUAAUAAUAAUAAUAAUAAUAACAAUAAUAAUUCUCGUUCUAAUAAAUCAAAUGUAUUUUCACAAACACCUCAAGAGUUUGAACAUUGGAGAAGUAAUUCACUUCCUACUUCUGCACUUUUCAGUAAUACAAAUAACAGUAAUACAACUAUGAAUACUACAAAUAAUCCUGCUAUUAAUCCUGUUUCGUGUGAUCUUCAAGAAGUGAUUGUUUAUUAUCAGUCACAACCAGAAUUAUUACGUCUUAUUUUAUUAAGUAAAGUAGAAGAAGAUAAAAGAAGAGCAGAAGAAGCUAAAUUAAGAGCAAAAGAAUUGGAUAUGUUUUUACUUCAACAACAGCAACAAUUAAAUAUUACUACCACAUCACAAACACCAGAUAUUCUUUCUAACAAUAAUAAUUUAUUAAAUACAAAUCAAUUUGCACCACCAAGAAGACCUAGUGCCCUCGAAAUGUUAAUGGAUGAUUCUGACUGUAAUCGUCGUGAUUCUGCCUUAGGUUCUUCUUUUGAUGGCAGCGCAAAUUCAGAUGAAAUGGAUGAUCGUACCUUUUCUCCAAAUUCCUCUUCUAUGCUGUCUAUGAGUUUUCAUCCUCAACCAAUGAUAUCCGUUUCUACAACACCUACUACGACGAGUACUAGAACUUCAUCUCUUCAUCCUCUUUCCCCACCCUAUAAUAAUGCUUUAGAUGACUCUAAUCGCACUAGUCCAUUUCCAUCUCAGAUUAAAUUAGAAAAUGAACAACAGCAACGUCGUUAUUAUGGCAACGAUACACUUGUCACCGCUGUUGCUAACCCUUCUUAUUUUCCAUCCACAACAACAACAACAGCAACAGCAGCAGUAGCAUCUACAGCAGCAUCCACAACAACAUCUACAACACCACAAAGACCACGUCGUCGACGUGAGAUGCAGGCCAUCUCUAAAAUUGUUGAGACUCGUGAUUAUCCUUACGUUGACGGCUACUUUUGGAAGAAUAACGGUAAUACAAUUCAAAAGAAGACAGGCAAUAAAAGCGUUUAUUACAAAUGUUCCAAUAGUAGCAAAGGUUGUCCUGUAAACAAGACAGUUACCUGGAAAGAAAAUGGUGAAUAUUUAAUCAAAUAUCGUGGUGAACAUCUCCCUGAAUGUGGCAAAGUGCAACGAAUUGUUGACAUGUAGUUUCCUUUUUUUUGUAUUUUUAUAUUUCAUGUGUAUAUGUAUACGCCAUUGCAAAUGUAUAUUUUGUAUUACAUUAUUUUUUUUCUAUCCCUUUUUUCAUGUAUUUUUAAUUUGUAAAAAACAUUGUAUUUUUAUUUUAUUGUAUUAUUAUUAUUAUCAUUAUUAU